UUAAGUGCAUGCGUGGAGUUCUGCUGCACCGGGUGGCUGAUAGGAGGGGUUGGAGUGAGUGACGCUGGCUGCGCCUUGAUGCUGAGCGGAGCGCUCACCUGCAGACGAGAGGAGCCGGGGAAAACUCGGGACAGAGCUGCAGCACACACUCACGGAGCGCAGGGUGAAACGCAAGCGAAACAGCCUGACCAAAGUGGGAGAGGAAAUUAAACAAUCGCCGAGGAAGAACCGCGGAGCGACCCUCUUUUCUUUUCUUUUCUUUUCUCUCUCUCCUGUUCCUUGUCCAGGCAGCUUUGACUCUCGCUUUUUACUCGUCACAAUGAGGACUGACUUCGCAGUGGUCCUGACAGCAGCUCUUCUUUUUGAUUCAAUUUGGAGGAAUAAUGGGGAGCACGCCUCCCAAGGUCCCUGUCGACCUGGCUUCUCGCAAAGCUUCUACUCCGUCCAGAUAUCGAGGGAUGUACUGCAAGGCCAGGGCGUACUUAAAGGUACUGCAGUAUCACCGCAAAAAGUGAAGUUUGACGACUGCAUGGGGAAUGAGGCCGUGGUUUUCCAGAGCACCGACCCGGUCUUCAACGUCCGGACAGAUGGAUCCAUCUUUGCCAAGGGACAGGGAGCCGGCUUGGAUGAGACAGUUCAGUUUAAAGUGACAGCGCGUGGCCCUCACACAAAUGUCUGGGAGACUUUGGUUCAACUGACCCUGAUUGACCUGUCGUCAUCAGGGCAAAAUGAAAAUGAGGUCACAGAGGAAGCAGGGAACAUCAGUGAGCAAAACAAGAAGAAGGACGCGUCGCAGGCACCAACUCCUGUCAUCAUGUUCUCAGGGUCCCGCGUCAACAGCACCGGGGGUCUCCGAAGGCAGAAGAGAGACUGGGUGAUCCCACCAAUCAACGUGGCGGAAAAUUCUCGUGGACCAUUCCCUCAGAUGCUCGUCAGUAUUCGUUCCGACCAGGACCAGGACAUUUCAAUCCGAUACAGCAUUACUGGGGUGGGAGCGGAUCAACCACCCAAUGAGGUGUUCAGCAUCGACCCAGUGCUCGGAAAGAUGUUUGUCACCAAACCUUUGGAUCGAGAACAUCGAUCUUCUUAUCAUCUGCGGGCCCAUGCAGUGGACAUGAAUGGGAACCAGGUCGAGAACCCGAUUGAUCUGUACAUCUUCGUCAUCGACAUGAAUGACAACAGACCAGAGUUCAAAAACCAGGUCUACAAUGGUUCUGUGGAUGAAAAUUCUAAACCAGGAACUUAUGUGAUGCAUCUAUCUGCAUUUGAUGCCGAUGACAACACCACGGCUAAUGGAAUGGUGCGCUAUCGGAUCCUGUCCCAGACACCGCACAGCCCCAUCCCUAACAUGUUCACCAUCAACAGUGAGACGGGGGACAUUAUGACAGUGGCGCCUGGACUCGACAGAGAGAAAGUGUCCCAGUACACCAUCAUUGUGCAAGCCACUGACAUGGAGGGAAACCUCAACUUUGGCCUUUCCAACACAGCCACUGCCAUCAUCACUGUCACGGACAUCAACGAUAAUCCUCCCAUGCUGACCUCAAGAACUUUUUCUGGCGAGGUCCCAGAGAACACAGAGGAUGUUGCGGUGGCUAAUCUGACUGUUAUAGAUGCUGACCAGCCUCACUCUCCUAACUGGAACGCCAUUUACAGGAUCAUAGGUGGGGACCCAACUGGGCACUUUACCAUCCGCACUGAUCCCGUUUCCAACGACGGCAUGGUCACCGUGGUGAAGGUAACGUACUAUGUACUUUAUGGCAUGUCUGAGGUUAUUAUAGUGGGAAGUACCAGCUUUCCUUCUAUGCAGAAUAUCAGAUUCCACCUGGAUUUAGGUACAAGCCAUUAUAAUAGGCGACAGAAUUUUUUUUUCAUCUUUCUGUUCCUCCUCCCAGGCUCUCCUGAAGCCAGCGGCACAGGCACAUUGCAGAUCUAUUUGAUAGAUAUUAAUGACAACCCCCCGGCGCUCGUACCAAGGGAGUCUCAGAUCUGCGAAAGGAUGAACAAAAACGUCAAUGGUGUCAACAUCACUGCCGCCGAUGCUGACACGGAUCCCAACGCUGGACCCUUUGUCUUCGAGCUGCCCAACUUCCCCAGCAGCAUCCGACGCAACUGGACCAUUGCACGGAUCAGUGGUGAUUAUGCCCGUCUCGCUCUUCGGUACCAGGUCUACUUAGAACCAGGAAUGUACGAGGUCCCUAUCAUUGUGUCAGACUCUGGCAACCCUCCGUUGUCCAACAGGUCUGUCAUCAAAGUGAAGGUUUGUCCGUGCGAUGACAAUGGAGACUGUACCACACUUGGUGCUGUCGCGGCCGCUGGCCUGGGGACUGGAGCCAUCAUCUUCAUCCUCAUCUGCAUCAUCAUACUGCUGUGCAUGGUGCUGUUGUUUGUGGUGUGGAUCAAGCGCAGGGAGAAGGAGAGGCAGACGAAGCAGCUGCUGAUUGACCCAGAAGAUGACGUCCGAGACAACAUCCUCAAAUACGACGAGGAGGGCGGAGGAGAAGAGGAUCAAGACUACGACUUGAGCCAGCUGCAGCAGCCCGACUCUUUAGAACACAUCAUCAGCAAGCCGCCUGGCGUACGCAGAGUUGACGAGAGGCCCAUCAUCCCAGAGUCUCAGUACCCAAUCAGACCAGUUGUGCCCCAUCCUGGAGACAUCGGAGACUUUAUCCAUGAGGGUCUGCGGGCUGCAGACAACGACCCCACAGCCCCUCCGUAUGAUUCCCUGCUCGUUUUUGACUAUGAAGGCAGCGGCUCCACCGCCGGCUCAGUCAGCUCCCUCAACUCCUCCAGCACAGGAGACCAGGACUAUGACUACCUCAAUGACUGGGGACCCCGUUUUAAGAAGUUGGCUGACAUGUACGGGGGUGGGGAUGACGAUUAAGAAUCCAGCCCCAUCUCUCACAUAUGUACACACACACACACACCCUCAACCCGUCAGCUGGCCUGCCAAGCUCUGUCUCCACAACACAGUGGGGCUAUUACACCCUUCUUGAACACACGUUAAAGAUGGCAUGUUCACACGGACCAACCAACCAAUCUAAUAACCCACCACAGAGGAUCAGUGCCGUGAGUCACUUCCAGGUGCUCCUGCUCUAAGCCUGUCUAAGACUGUACCAGAAGCUCUGAUUUGAAGGCUUUGUGUCAUAUCUACGUUCAAACUCAUGUACUUUCUUUGUCACGUCAGUUUUUGAGUUGUGCACUUUGAUUAUGUAUUUAUUUUUUUAUGCCUGGUUUUAUUUCAGUUUCUAUUUCCUUUUUUUUUUGGACUUAGUCUCGUUUGAUUCAGAAGAUUCCCUUUUUCCGGAGGGAUUUCACUUUUCCCUCUCCGUCAGCCCCCCGCCCGCCCGCCUGUCUGAAGGAGCUUUAGGUUGAGCUACAUGCUUUUUCUGAGGCAAACAAAAGUGAGAGAAAAGGUAACACAGGUAUGAAAGUCCUCUUUACAUGGAGGGUUUUGAUCAAUUCUUUCCUGAACUUGAAUUACUUAGAACAGAAGCACUGUUGUUUAAAAAAAGUGCCUUCAGUGGUGGGUUUCUUUUAGCAGACUCCUGCUAACUCAGGAUUGGUUGCCAUUAUUUGGGCUAACAGGCCGUGACAUGACCCCAGACCCUUUAAUUCAGAUCUCCCUCGUCAUUUCUCCCGACCGGCAGGGCCGUCGUAUCUGCGGGAGAUGUCAGUGCUGGUUUUAGAGGGCACUCCAAGUAGACAUACUGUACAUAGGCCUACAGUGUGUCUCUAGGUGACGGACAAAUCAUUAGGCUUUUUCAAGUCAGAUGUACCUGUGCCCCUAGAUCACAUUUAGCUUGACUGUGAUUGCUGAAAUCGCAGAUACAUGUAAAGAGGCUGUCUUAAAGAAAAAAACAUCAUCGUGUCUUUGUUUCUUGUAGCAACAGCAGCUGUGUUUGUUUUGCUCUCAGUGUGUGAGAGAUUGGGCUCGUUACUAAGCAUAAAGGUUGACAAGCUAAAUGUGUCGUUUCUGCAAUGUUGCUGGGUGUGAAGUGCUUAAAGAGGUUAUUUAGGAGCUUGGCUUUAAGAUCAUCCAAUAUUUGCAUAUGUAAUCUUUCACCUUACAAUUAGCUGUACCUUGAGUUACUGUCUCUUAAUUUUACCCAAAUUAGCCCAUCUUGCUUGUCCUGUAACUUUUUGACAUAAACAUUGAUACAAAGACUAGAGAUUCAAUUUUCAGCUUGUGCUCUUGACUUGUGAUCUAAUCAGAACUCACACAAGUCUUAUACCUUUUCAGGUCAGUGAAUGUACCAUAUCAAACCACAGAAGUGGCAACACACUUAAAAUGUUGGACGUUACUUUGGGAAGAAGACUCAAAGUUUGCACCAAUGAGGGGUUUAAAAAUGAAAUCAGUGAAAACACAGUAGGUGAAAAAAGGAAAAAGUGUGUUCUAUAAGGAUAUCAGGAUCAACCAACUGUUCUUUCAGGCGACAUGUUGCUUCAUCACCAUCUAGAAUUUUGCAGUUUUGUUUUCUUUUAUAUGCAGCUUUUAUGGGUUUAAAAUGAACAGUCUGCCACAAGAAAUUGAAAUUGGAGCUGAGUUCAGCAGAUAACAGGAAGGCUAAACAGAGUAAAUCAAAAUGUCCAGUUUCAGCCACAUUGGUUAUAGAUCAUGCUGAAUUUGGAAAUGUUGGCUUUUUUGGCAAAUAUAUAAGAUUUAAAGUGGGGUUGGACAUUAUCUAGGGGAUACACUUGGGAUUGCUGUGAACAGGUACAAUUGAUAACUUUUCCAAUCGCAAACUUGAGCUGCUAAAGGACUUUUGAAAUGUCAACUCCCUUAUAAAUUUGUCUUGGUUUUAAAAUCGCAAAACCCAUCUCUCUGACAUGAUCAUGUCAAUAAUACUGUUAUGGCAGCUCCUACAAAGAUAAUUAAAUCUGCUUUGACACUUCAUAGCUUUACAAAAAACCCAACAUUGGUGCAUCUGUAACAGUCACUGGCUCAAAUAAGCAGCGGCAAGCAGACUUAGCACUGUCACAAACCAGCUCUUGUUAGGCAGAGUCCCACUUAUUUAAAAUGUUAGUCAGAAAAUCCUGACAUUAAUUUAAGAGGUUUUACGAAAGGUAGAUUUGUGUGAAGCCCGUGUGCUUUAGUAAUGAGACUCGUCCUAACACAUUUGCUGUCUGCCAGCUUCUCUAAGCUUUUGUAAACUUAAUUUGUGGCACAUCAGGGAUGUGCUACAGGGACAUGUGUUUAUUUCAGACAUAGUUUGCACAUUAAAGUUUUUGAAUAUGCAAAACAUUUCAAAAAAUGGUACAGGGAGGAACUGAUCAUUGAAAAUAUGAUUUGUUCAGGCAGGUUUGUAUUGUUUCUUACUAAUAACUCACCUGAAGAUCUACAAAGGUCAGCGGGUGUAAAGGAGCAAGGUUUUUCUAAUUAUUCCUUUCUUAAUCUGUUAAAUUUUUAUUCAAUAAGAUUUAGAUAAUUAUCAAACCACUCUGUUUUACAAAAUAUGACAAGAAAGCAGGCAUGAGCUCUUUGAGAUGCCUUGAGGAAAAAAUACCAGUUUCAUGGUAUCAUCAUGGUAUCAUUAUUUAGACAAAGACUUAAAACCAAAGUGAUCAAAUCGCUUUUAUUUGAAAAUUUGAAGUAGCUAAUGGUCUUAAUGGUCUUGUUACUGCUAAAUAACAUACUUCUAGUUACACUAAUAGUACAAUACCAUAUUUUAUUUUAAUGCAUAGAUUAAACAUUUCAAUAAACAUGAAAUUAUUUUACUAGCAGUUUUUAGAUAACAGUCUUAUUGCACAGAAUGUUAUACAUUUUUGCUAUUUUUUAGAUGUACAGGAGUGUAACAAGCUGAUAUUAGCUUCUUAAUUGGUUGGGCUAUCUGAUUGGUUAAAGUGUAAAGUUGGCUGCUUAGGUUAUUGCUGCUCAUAAUUUGUGAACUGUAGUUUAAAAACAGCGUUAUUUUAAUAAAAGCGUCAUAGUUUCACGCACCAUGAUUUGGCUUUUUGUGACUAGAAAUCUGUACAAAGAGUUGGCAUUUUAUUUGUUUUAAACAAGGGAAAAGGAUAGUAGCUGUUAUUCAGCCAGCUUCCCAGCAACGGGUGGAGGAGAGACAGCAAACAAGGAAACAGUACUCUGGUCACUUCCUCUCUCAUCUCUUUUAAAGGACCUUAAGGUAUAAACAGUAUAACAGAUCAUUUUAGCAGCUCUGAAACUGUUGCUUUGCAAACCCUUGAUAUGGUUUGCAAAAUUGAGUGAAAAUAGGUAAAUUGAGUGAAAAUAGACUGGUAAGAAAAUAUGGAAAUGUUUGGCUGUAGAUACAAGUAGACAGAAAGUGGUGUGCAUCAUUUGACUUAAAAAAAAAAAAA